AUGCUGACUGCCCUGCCGGCGGUGAUAUGCAAGUUUCGGGAGCGAGAAGUCGGUUUCGGAGCAGACAUAAAGGAGAUGUACCACCAGCUGCGGAUUCGAGAUGAGGACAAGCGAGCGCAAAGGUUUCUGUUUCGAAACGAUCCGUCGGAGAAGCCGACAGUGUAUGUGAUGGACGUAGCCACUUUUGGGUCAACGAGCUCGCCAUGCUCGGCGCAGUACGUCAAGAACCUGAACGCGAAGGAGUUUGCGGGACAAUUCCCAGCGGCGGCGGUGGCCAUCGUCGAAAACCACUACGUCGACGAUUAUUUCGACAGCGUAGACACGAUCGAGGAAGCUGUGAAACGAGCGGAGGAAGUACGAUACGUCCACUCCAGAAGCGGUUUUGAGCUCCGCAACUGGGUCUCCAAUUCCGAAGAGUUCCUGGAUGCGAUGGGAGAGCGAAAAGAGGAUCAGUGCGUGCGGUUCAGCGAGGAUAAGGAGUCCGGAUCCGAGCGAGUACUGGGGAUCGUGUGGAGCCCGGCAAGCGACGAAUUCUCGUUCUCCACCAAAUUGAGAGACAAUCUGGAGCCGUUCCUGUCCGGCGAGAAGCUGCCGACCAAAAGGAUCCUGUUGAGCUGCGUGAUGAGCUUUUUCGACCCGUUAGGACUGUUGUCCAUUUUCACGUUCUAUGGGAAGCUGCUGAUUCAGGACCUGUGGCGUACUGGAUGUGAGUGGGACCAGCAGAUCGAUGAAGAGUGUGCGGAGAAGUGGAGUAACUGGAUACGGAGGCUUCCAGAAGUCGACGAAGUGCGCAUUCCCCGCUACUAUUUCCGUGGCGGAUUUUCACUGCGAUACGACAGCCUACAGCUGCACGUUUUCGUAGACGCUAGCCAGGACGCGUACGGUGCCGUGGCGUACAUCCGCAUCGAGACGGCCACCGGGCCGUUAUGCUCGCUCGUGAUGGCGAGAUCUAAGGUAGCACCGCUGCAGCACAUGUCCAUACCGCGACUGGAGCUGCAAGCUGCAGUGUUAGGAGCGAGGCUGGCGAACUCCGUCGGCGAGACGAUUUCGUUGGAGGUAAAGAAGCGUUUCAUGUGGUCCGACUCGAAGACCGUGCUGUCGUGGAUCCACUCCGACCACCGUCGGUACAAGCAGUUUGUGGCGUACCGGAUCGGCGAGAUCCACAGUCUAACGAAGCUUGCGGAAUGGAGAUGGGUGCCGACGAAGUGCAACGUGGCCGACGCUUUAACGAAUUGGGAAAAGGCGCACAGCCUGCGACCAAGCGGACCAUGGUUUCGUGGCCCAGACUUUCUGUACCAGCCGGAGGGUUUUUGGCCGGAGCAAGAGGCAGUGACACCGAACACUAGCGAGGAGACCCGAGCGUGUUUGCAUUUCCACGAAAUUGGAGUCACUGAGCCGAUGGUGGACCCGCUGCGGUUUUCGAAGUGGAAGAUUCUGGUCCAGACGGUAGCGUGCGUCUACCGUUUUGCAUCGAACUGCAGAAGGAAAAGAGAUGGGCUGGAGAUCGAAGUCGUACUGGCCACUGCAAAAAUCAGCAGCGUUGUGAAGAAGCAUGUGCGAACGAAGCUAGUGCCGCUGAAGCGGGACGAAUAUCGGAAGGCGGAGGCGUAUCUGUGGAGGUCGGCCCAAGCCGAUCGCUUCGGAGACGAGGUGUGCGCAUUGACGAAGAACCAGGAGCAGUCGCACCAGCAGCAGCAGCAGCAGCAAGUGGAGAAGAGCAGUAGCCUGUACAGCUUGAGCCCGUUCCUGGACGCCGAGGGUGUACUACGGAUGGAAGGCAGAGCGGCGCAAGGAUCGUCGCUACCAUUCGAGCUGCGGUUCCCGAUUAUUUUGCCGAAAAAGCAUCCGGUGACCGACAAGCUGCUCGAGCACUAUCAUCAGCAAGUAGCUCACGGGAACACGGAGACCGCAGUCAACGAAAUUCGGCAGCGUUUCUACGUCCAGAAUCUGCGAGCGGAACUGAAGAGGAUCGGAAGAAUGUGUGUCUGGUGCAAGGUGCAGAAGUGUCGCCCGUCGAACCCGAGGAUGGCUCCGUUGCCGGAGUCGCGAGUAACGCCGCAUCUGCCACCGUUUAGCCACACCGGCGUGGACUACUGUGGACCGCUGACUGUUACUGUCGGCCGCAGAUCAGAGAAGAGGUACAUCUGCCUGUUCACCUGCAUGACGACGUGGGCUGUCCACCUUGAGGUUGCUCACAGCCUGACGACUCAAGCGUGUCUGAUGGCCAUACGGCGUUUCGUGUGUCGCAGAGGGAAGCCGCUAGAGUUCUACUCGGACAACGGCACGAACUUCCAAGCGGCAAGCAAGGCGAUCGUGCAGCGGAUUGAGAUCGAGUCAGAGGACGAAUUCACGGAUUCCAGGACCCGCUGGAAUUUCAACCCGCCCAGCGCACCUCACAUGGGUGGGGUUUGGGAGCGAUUGGUUCGCUCCGUGAAGGCAGCACUGACCGUGCUGAACGACGGGCGGACGAUAACGGACGAAGUGCUACUGACGACGAUAGCGGAGGCCGAAGACCUCAUAAACUCCCGGCCACUAACGUACGUUGGCCUGGAACCAGGAGCGGAGGGAGCGUUGACGCCGAACCACUUUGUUCGCGGCGUUGGCGCAAUCAGCGAGGAGCGUUCUGUUCCAGCGACGAGUGAAGCCGAAGCACUCCGAGACCGCUACAAGCGGUCACAGCGACUGGCGGACAAGCUUUGGACUCGGUGGGUGUCCGAGUAUCUGCCAUCCAUCAACCAGCGGACGAAGUGGCUCUCCGAGUCGCCGCCACUAGCGUGUGGUGAUCUAGUGUACAUCACCGAUGAGGCCGUGCGGAAGAGCUGGAUCCGGGGCAUCGUGACGGACGUCUACCCGGGAGCGGACGGCAGAAUCCGGCAGGCCAUGGUCGAGACGAGCAAGGGUAAGUUUAGGAGGCCGGUGACCAGACUGGCUGUGCUCGAGGUACAGGAGGGUAAAUCCGGUGCAGCCGAGGAGCCCCACCAGAGUUACGGGAGGGGGUGUGUUGGCACAGCCCCGUACCACCCGUCGACAGCGCAACCACUGCGCAACAUACGUUCCACGCAGGGCAAGACAACACCGGUGGAUGGAUAA